GGUACAAUGACUACGGAGCCGUAAAUGUUCGUAAGGGAUGUCCAAAAUUUGAAAAAGUUAUUUUGACAUUUAUCUGUUAUUGUUUUUAUCAUGUCCGAAAUUAUAGUAGAAAAAUCUUCCCUUCCGCCUCAAGAAGAAUUAUAUACCGAUGAAACCAUACAAAAAUUGUCUGCUGGAUUAUUAAAAUUUUAUGAACCCCCUUUAAAAAAUGGAAAGGAUAAAAUUUCUGAACUAACACAUAAACAAGAGGAUUUAAUUAAUCGAUUAACAGCCGAAUAUAAUAAAUUGUAUAUUUGUGAGUUUGAUUGUGAAAUACGAAUCAUAAUGGCAACUAUUAAAAUGUAUAAAGACAAAUUAUUGAGAAUUAAACGAGACAUGUUGGAUAUAUAUGAAAAAGUUAGCGAUCUUAAAGAAAGAUCCGUUCGACUGGAACAACAAAAAAUAAACGAAUUACGAAAAAAAACCAUACAAAUAAAAAAGGAGCAAGAAUUGAUUGGGACAAAAUCUCAAACAAAUUUUUAAUAAACAAUUUUCCAUACAGAUGAUUUUUUACAUGAUUUUGGAUUAUCAUUUCCACAUAAUUGAUUGAAUGUUGUAUGUUCUGGAAAGCCUAAUAUUUCACGUUCUUCUUGUAUCCUAUAUGUAAAUGUACUCUCAUGUGUUCCCACAAAAUAGGCAGCAUGUGAACAUAUAAGUUGAUCAAUAAUUGCUAUGCCACCAUCUUUAUAUUUUUCUUUUUGUUCUUCAGAUGGUGUA